GUGUAGAAGGGCUGCCAGAGUUCCAGUAAAUGCAGAGACCACCUACCUUGACUUUACCGGAAGAAACCAUACAUGGAUUGAUAGAAUUAUCAUAUAUAGUCAUCAUAGAAGUGAAGCCACACAGUUGUCCUCAGAAAAAAAAAACGCUGUCUAGUGUAUAUAACGGGGCCAUAUGAAUCAGGUCGUCCUGGAUCGUUUGACAAGCCCUCCAAACAUGCACACCAUGAACAAACUUCUACUCACUGUUCUCCUCACCUAUCUGGGACAUUCGGUUGCAUUUGGGGGUCAAAUCAUCAAUGGGAAAAAAGCCAAGAGGAAUUCCCUGCAGUACAUGGCCUCUGUGCAGAACGAUGAGAAGCACAUCUGUGGAGGAUUCCUGAUCACUCCAUACUUUGUGCUAACAGCUGCACACUGCAACAAAAGCAACUUGAGUGUUGUUCUUGGUACCCACAACAUCAAGAAGGGCCUCGGGAAAGCUGUCAGAUACAAUGUGGAACGCAAAUGCAAACCCAACUCAUAUAAAAAUGUAACGGAUGGUAGUGACAUCAUGCUUCUAAAGCUGUCUAGGGCAGCUAAAUUAAGCAAAUCCGUGAACAAAGUGAGGCUUCCAACCAAGGAUAAAGUCCUCAAACCCAACACAAAGUGCCUUGCUGCUGGAUGGGGCCUCACAAAAAUAGGCGCAAUCGUUGACGACCUUCAAGUGGUGGACGUGGAAGCCAUUGAUCUGAAGGUCUGGCAGAAGCAGUGGGAUCACGUGAAAGUUCAUCUUCCUCCCAAUGUCAUCUGUGCAGGUGGAUACAUGACCGACAAAGGCACAUGUCAGGGGGAUUCUGGUGGUCCUUUGGUGUGCAAUGGAGAGGCAGUGGGAAUCGUCUCCUUCAACAUGAGGGGAAACUGUGCCUAUCCCAACGUGCCCAAUGUUUACACUCAGAUUUCCAAGUACUUACCCUGGAUAAAGAAGGUCAUCAACAAGCAGUCGUGUUAGAAUGGAUACUUUGUUUGCUGCAAAAUUAUGCCUUUAGCUAUUCCUUAUACCUGAGGAUAUUACUGAUUCUUUAGCUUGCUGUUAAUCUGUCUAAUGCAUUACCAUGUACUGUAAUGGAAAUAAAUGUGUUCUUAAUCAUG